UAGCGCUUGCGCAGUUUUUCCACCUGGGAAGUAAUCCUCUCUCUUUUCUGAUCAGUUUUGUUGUGGUACGGGUUUUUUUUCGCUGGAGGUGGCCUUCGGUUCAGUUAAAAUCAGGGAUGGCUCAUGAUCAGGAUGAUAACGCGGCCUUCUACGAGCAGCUGCGGUUACAGCAAUUAUACGGGGAGCGCGAUAAGGAUGAUGGCCAAGAUCCUUACAUUUGCCGAGACCCUACUGAUGGCACAGAGUACGAGUGGGACGUGGAGAAGAAAGCUUGGUUUCCAAAAAUCACAGAUGAUUUUCUGGCAAUGUAUCAUGCAAACUAUGGCGUAGACACAGAAAAUAAAGAUGAUUCUAAAGAAAGCAAUUCUCCUGAAACAAGCCAUCCCCCAAACUCUAAGUCCAAAGAUGAAGAGCAGCUUAAUACAAAAAGUAAAGCCACAUCUGAACCAGCUGAGUCUAAAGCAAAGGGGGAGAAGAGAAAAGCAGACCCAGGUUGGUUUCAUGUAGAUGAUCAGAGAAACACAAAUGUGUAUGUAACAGGACUUCCUCCAGACAUUACAAAUGAUGAAUUUGUCGAACUUAUGUCUAAAUGUGGGAUAAUCAUGCGGGAUUUACAAACAGAGGAAUAUAAAGUAAAGUUAUACAAAGACAAAGAAGGCAACCUGAAGGGUGAUGGCUUGUGUUGCUAUCUUAAGAGAGAAUCUGUAGAAUUAGCUUUGAAACUCAUUGAUGAGUAUGAGAUCAGAGGAUACAAGCUUCAUGUUGAAAGUGCAACGUUUCAACUGAAGGGGCAGUAUGAUGCUACCAGAAAGAAGAAGAAAUGCAAAGACUACAAGAAAAAGUUAUCUUUACAACAAAAACUAUUAGACUGGAGGCCAGAGAAAAAAGCUAGUGAUGUUCGAAAGCGAUUUGAAAGGGUUAUAAUAAUUAGGAACAUGUUUCAUCCAUCAGAUUUUGAGGAAGAUCCAUUAGUUUUAAAUGAAAUCAGAGAAGACCUUCGUUCUGAAUGUGAGAAGUUUGGACAAGUGAAGAAAGUUCUCAUAUUUGACCGACACCCAGAUGGAGUAGCCUCUGUUGCGUUUAAAGAGGCUGAUGAGGGGGAUGCCUGUAUACAAGCCUUAAACAGAAGGUGGUUUGGUGGUCGGCAGCUCGUUGUGGAAACUUGGGAUGGAGUAACAGAUUAUCAGAUUGAAGAAACAGACCGUGAAAGAGAAGAGCGACUUAAAGGGUGGGAGACCUUUUUGGUGGCAGGUGAGACAAAAAGCUCAGAAGGCACUCAGAAAGAGAGUUCAACCACUCCGAAUAAUGGACAGCCUUCUGAGGAAAAAAAUGAUAGUGCUAUAUCAGAAAAUGACAAAGACAAUAACGUUCAUCAUGUAGAACAAAUUAAAGACGAUGGUCAGUCAACAGACAGCAGCCUUGGAAGCAGUGAUGAAGAAUCAGAGAGAGGAGAUGUUUAAUCAUUAAAGAAAAUGUUCACUUUAGCUUGCUCUAUGUGCUUUUUAUAUCCAUGAUUCCGAAGUAUGAUAUGUCUUCAUUCAAUGCAAUAUCUUCAGAAAAAUGUUAUAUAUUUAUAUACGCAAUGAGUGAUGAUUUAAAAGUACUGGGGCAAUUUUAUUGAAAAUUUUGCUACAAGUGAGACUUUGUGAGCAGCCCCGUACAACUGGAUAAGCUUGUUUCUGGGGCAGUCAUUUUCUCCAAAUUAAGAAGAAUUUAAUGAGAGAUUCUGUGUGGUUGUGUCUUUUGUUAUGGUGUAAUAAAUAGAGCCUGUCAUAAAGUGCAUAUUUUUGUAUUUUAGUGCUCAACUGUUGCACAUAAUUUAGUUACUUAAGUAUGGAAAUGUUAAGGUUGAUAAACUCUUAUAAUUUUAGUAAAUUUUGCAUUAAUCUAUGUAAAAAUGUA